CGAUUUUUGGUGGGUAGAGCUGGUCGUAGAUCAGCUUUUCAAUCAUAUCCGGGACUCUCGUGUGACAGUCAGCUGAUAUAGUAUUAGGUGUGUUUCUAUAUAUUUUUUCCCCUCAGUACAGUACUCCAGAUAGAUCUAGUUGCAAUUAGAUUUGGUGAUUUAACAAUAGUCUAAAACCAACCGGUAAGAACUGGUAUUUGGUUUGAAAAAAUGGCAGCACACCCGCCAAAGACAAAGAUUCUGAUAAGUGCAAAUAAAAGGUUGCAAAACCUGAAAGAGGCCUUCGAGAAAAAGUAUGGAGAAGCACCUCUUUUUUAUGCACAAGCUCCUGGAAGAGUCAAUCUAAUAGGAGAACACAUUGACUACUGUGGUUAUGCUGUGCUCCCAAUGGCUAUUGAGCAGAGUAUUCUUGCUGCGGUCACUGUCAAUGAUUCCAAGAAAAUCUACCUGGCCAACACAGAACCAAAAUACAAGGACUUUACAGUCUCUUCAGAAGAUAUUGAGAUAGACAAGGACAAUCCUCAGUGGUACUAUUACUUUCUCUGUGGGGUGAAAGGGAUUCAGGAGCACCUAGGGAAGGUUCCUCUGUCUGGGAUGAAGUGUGUUGUGGACGGGACCAUCCCGGCUAGCUCAGGCCUGUCCAGCUCCAGUGCCCUGGUCUGCUGUGCUGCGCUCCUCACUAUGGAGGUUAACCACAAGUCCCUCAACAAGGUGGCGCUGGCAGAGAUUUCAGCCAAGUGUGAGCGCUACAUUGGCACUGAGGGUGGGGGCAUGGACCAGUCCAUCUCAUUCCUGGCAGAGGAAGGAACUGCCAAGCUGAUUGAGUUCCACCCUCUGCGGGCGUCUGACGUACGUCUCCCUGAGGGAGCAGUGUUUGUUAUCUCUAACUGCUGCGUUGAGAUGAACAAGGCUGCUACCUCUCACUUCAACAUCCGGGUGGUCGAGUGUCGGAUAGCCACCAAGAUGUUGGCGAAGGCUCGGGGGCUAGAAUGGGGUCGGCUGCUGAAGCUGUCCCAGGUGCAGACAGAGCUGGAGGCCUCUCUGGAGGAGAUGCUGCGGCUGGUGGCUGAGGUGCUGCACCCUGAGCCCUACAGCAGAGAGGAGGUCUGCAAGGUCCUGGGAAUCACCACAGAACAGCUCUGUACAGACCUCCUUAGCCCCAACACACAGCACGUGGCCCAGUUCAAGCUGUACCAGCGGGCCAGGCAUGUAUACGGCGAGGCGGCACGGGUACUGCGGUUCAAGAGCGUGUGUGAUGAAGCUCCCUCCGCACCGAACGGCGUGCAGCGUCUAGGAGACCUGAUGAAGCAGAGCCAUGCCAGCUGCAGAGACCUGUACGAGUGCAGCUGUCCAGAACUGGACCAGCUGGUAGAGAUAUGUCUGCAGUCUGGUGCGGUGGGAUCCCGGCUGACCGGAGCAGGCUGGGGGGGCUGUGCUGUCUCCAUGGUCCCCACUGAGAAGGUGGAGUCUUUCCUGAAGAGCGUCAGAGAGUUGUACUACACGGCAGACCCACGCAGAGCCGAGCUAGAGAAACACAGUCUGUUUGUCACCAAGCCUGGUGGAGGGGCGGCCAUCUUCCUUGAAGACUGAAGUCAAAAAAUGCUUCUCUUUACAAUUUUGAGGUGAAAUGUCUUCCUUGCCGUUUCACCUUUUCAGUAUUUUUAUACUAUUAUUUUAGUUGUGACUCUAUGACUAAUUCUCAUGCCAAAAUGACACCGUUGAUGAUUCUGGAAUUUCAAGGGCAGUGAUAAUCAAAGCUAGUCUGCUCCCAGAUUUGUUGUCUCCUUCUGUAGCCUGGUCCCAGAUCUGUUGGCUCUGACUAUAGCCUGGUCCCAGAUCUGUUGGCUCCGUCUAUAGCCUGGUCCCAGAUCUGUUGGCUCCGUCUAUAGCCUGGUCCCAGAUCUGUUGGCU